AUGGAUAAUGGGCUUUUUGCAGUCCUACUAUUCGCCGCCAUCUUCGAGCUUUUAACGCUGAUCCUUUUCGUCUACAUGUUAUACGCUGGCUAUCAGAUUUUGAGGUCACGCCGGGAUAAGGAAGCCUGCACUGAAGACGGCCGAGCUCCCACGUGUUCUGACAUGCAGCCGCCAGAAUCUGAGGCUGAACCCGAGAAUUGCGAAGGCCAUCGAAACGCCGGA